AUGGACGACGACGGCGACGGCGACGACGCGCUCGCGGCGCGACGAUGCGAAUCGAACGCGAGCAUGCGCUCGAUCGAUUACCUCGUGCGCGGCGAGCGGGUGAAGACGAACGCGCGGCUGCGCGCGUUCGCCGAGACGGAGGUGUGUCGAAAAAUGCUGCGCGACGAAAACUACGCGAGCUGGGCGCGGCGCAAGGGGCGCGCGCUGCGAAAAGAGAUCGCGGAGGCCAUGGUGACGUGCGCGUUCAUUCGUGAGGAGCUGGUGGCGAUGGAUGGGAGCGCGCGCGGGGAGAAAUCUAUCGUGGUGUUUGACUUGUGCAGCGGUAAAGGUUUGACGUCGAGCGUGUGCGCGGAAACGUUGGGGAAGAAUUGUGAGGUAAUCAUGGUUGACAGCGAUCGUAAAAUGAAGUUGACGCAUUUGGAUAGCGAGAGACAGGUGGUCCACUUCGCGCUGGACGUGUACGACGAGGCGUUGGACGAGAUGAUGGCGCGAGCGCGAGCGAGCGGCGCUCGGGUCGUCGUGUGCGGCGUACACCUGUGCGGCGAUUUGUCGCGAAGAAGCAUCGAGUUGUGGUCGAAAUACGGGGAUAUUUUAGUAUUGUCGCCGUGCUGCUUAGUGCGCGAGGUUCGUUCGCAGAAGCGCCCGCACGGGACGUUUGGGUACGGCUUGCCCGAGGUGGCGACGCGCGUCGGCGGAGAUUCGUACGAUUUGUGGAACAAAUUGCUCUUCGCGCACGUCCCCACGCACGUCGGGCCGUUUUUCGCGCGCGUCAUUAAACGUCAAGCCGUGGUCGAGGAUAUGUUGACCGAAAAGAAUCGAUUCAUCAUCUGUCGACGAUGCGAAGACGUCUCGGUGGAGCGUUGCGAAGUCGCCGUGGCGCGCGCGAGCGUCUGA